AUGAUGAUGACAUGGCGCUGGCUGGCUCUGAUAGCCGCGCUUGGUGCGUGCUGGUCCCUUCCGGAGACAUACUACCACAACCACUUUGCCAUUCAAGUUCUAGAUGGACCAGAACAUGUAGAUGACAUCGCUUUAAGACACGGCUUUGAUAAUCAUGGCCAGGUGAGUUCAAAAAAAAAUCUAUUAAAAAGGUCCAAGAUCAUAUUACGAGUAUAA